CACUGGCCCCACCCCUCCUUCUCCCUUAAAAUUGGCUUGAGCUGCUCUGGGAGACAGAGCCUGCGGUAACCCAGAGCUCAGCACUGAGAAGAAGCCCCUGCGAGGCUGGGAAAGAAGCAAGAACUCGCGGGACACAGAAGAAACGAGGAGCAAGAUGAAGACAGAGCUGCUGUGGGUACUGCUGCUUUGUGGAGUGGUCUUCACAUUGCCUAGUCAGGGAGUGCGCCACAGGUUCAGAAGAGGAGCCCGGUCCUACAAAGUGACCUGCAGAGAUGAGCAAACGCAGACAACCUACCAGCAGUAUCAGUCGUGGCUGCGCCCCAUGCUCAGAAGCAAUCGUGUGGAAUACUGCCGCUGCAUCGGUGGCUCGGCGCAAUGUCACUCCGUGCCUGUCCGAAGUUGCAGUGAACCAAGAUGCUUCAAUGGGGGUACAUGUCAGCAGGCUGUGUAUUUCUCUGACUUUGUCUGCCAGUGCCCUGAUGGAUUUGUUGGGAAACGUUGUGAUGUAGAUACCAGAGCAACGUGCUUUGAGGACCAGGGCAUCACCUACAGGGGCACGUGGAGCACAGCAGAAAAUGGGGCUGAAUGCAUCAACUGGAAUAGCAGUGUUCUGACCCUGAAGCGCUAUAAUGCAAGGAGGCCGGAUGCCAUCAAGCUGGGCCUUGGGAAUCACAAUUACUGCAGAAACCCAGACCGAGACUCCAAGCCCUGGUGCUAUGUGUUUAAGGCAGGGAAGUAUACCUCGGAGUUCUGCAGCACACCAGCUUGCCCUAAGGGACAGAGUGAGGACUGUUACGACGGAAAAGGGUUAACCUAUCGUGGCACCCACAGCCUCACCACAUCUGGGGCCUCCUGCCUCCCAUGGAAUUCCAUGAUCCUGAUACGCAAGAGCUACACAGCAUGGAGGACCGACUCACAGGCACUCGGCCUGGGCAGACAUAAUUAUUGCCGGAAUCCAGACGGGGAUGCCAAGCCUUGGUGCCACGUGCUGAAGGACGGAAAGCUGGCGUGGGAGUACUGCGAUGUGCCCCCGUGCUCCACCUGUGGCCGGCGGCAAUACAAACAGCCUCAGUUUCGAAUUAAAGGCGGGAUGUUCACAGACAUCACCUCGCACCCUUGGCAGGCCGCCAUCUUUGUCAAGAACAAGAGGGCUCCUGGAGAGAGGUUCCUGUGUGGAGGAGUGCUGAUCAGUUCCUGCUGGGUGCUGUCUGCGGCCCACUGCUUUCUGGAGAGGUUUCCCCCCCAGCAUGUUAAAGUGGUCUUGGGCAGAACAUACCGGGUGGUUCCUGGAGAAGCGGAGCAGACAUUUGAGAUUGAGAAAUAUAUAACCCAUAAGGAAUUUGAUGAUGACACUUACGACAACGACAUUGCAUUACUGCAGCUGAGGUCAGAUUCCAAACAGUGUGCCCAGGAGAGCAGCUCUGUCAGCACCGCCUGCCUUCCUGACCCCAACCUGCAGCUUCCUGACUGGACAGAGUGUGAGCUGUCUGGCUACGGCAAGCAUGAGCAAUCCUCUCCGUUCUUCUCCGAGCGACUGAAGGAGGCUCAUGUGAGGUUGUACCCAUCCAGCCGCUGCACGUCACAGAAUUUGUUCAAUAAAACCGUCACAGACAACAUGCUGUGUGCCGGAGACACCCGAAGUGGAGGCAAUCGAGAUCUCCAUGAUGCAUGUCAGGGUGACUCGGGAGGACCACUGGUAUGCAUGAUCAAUAAGCACAUGACGUUGGUUGGCAUUAUCAGCUGGGGCAUUGGCUGUGGGGAGAAGGAUGUCCCUGGGAUAUAUACAAAGGUGACUAAUUACAUAGACUGGAUUCAAGACAACAUGAAGCAAUGACCCAGGAAACCCAGCUCCUUGGAUCCGAAGAAGGACCUGCCUUCCUCUUCUAUAGAAAACACACCUAAAAGGCCAAGUGUCCUUUACACUGUCAUCUUCAAGAACUGCCACUUGGCAGAGGGACGGAGGGUCUGUAGGGGAGGACAUAGCAUUUACCUUUGAUAGGUACUUCACAAUUCGUAAGUUUUCAAGAAUGAAGGUCUGACUUUAGGAUAAAUUCUGUCCGAUGAGACGAUGGGAAAAUGUCAAUCUCCCAUAACUCCAGGAUUUAAAAGAGAAAGGUAGACCAAAGUCCAUCAUGCUGGUCUACCAUUUUGUACACUGGACCACAAGACCAUGUCUCGACAGUAAAACACCACUUGAUCUUUCAGGAAAGUUUGCAUUAGGGACAAGAAUGCAUAUUUAUAGUUAUAAGAGGGCCCAGCAGGGCAUCUCAGAGAUGGAGGGGUUGGCUGGCCAGAUCAUAGCCCCAUAAAACCCUAACAUCCAAUAUUCCCCACCCCCUGCCCACCCUUCAACUCUUGGGAGGUUUUCCUUUAUAGACACUGUAAGUCUUUCUUUAUAAACGAUAUUGAUGGUUAGGAGAACUGUGUGAUUUUAAUAACUGAUGAAGUAGCAUUCGCAUAUUUAUAUAUUAAUCUAUUUACGUUUUUACUUUGUUACUAUAACUUUGUAUUAUACUGUACUUAAAUAAUAAAUCCAAAGGUAUUUUUCACACUUU